AUGGUGGCUGCACAAGAUUUAGUUAACCGAUUGUAUAUUAUAUUGCCAUUGGUGUAUCCAUAUAAUACACCACAAAAAGCUCUCACACCUGCUACCGACUGGACCUACGACAAUGCACCCAAUUGGUCGAUAGAUCAUCCAAAUUGUGGCGGUAAUCGUCAAUCGCCAAUACACAUUAAGACAUCUACGUGUUAUGCUCCAGCAAUGCCUUCACUGAAAUUCGGCUACUAUGACUUACCAUUGGCGGGGAAUAUAACCUUAAGAAAUAAUGGACAUUCAGUUGAAUUCGAAAUACCACCAACGGUGAAUGGUGUCCGACCCUUUGUCAGCGGUGGUGUUCUAAAAAGUAAAUACGAAGCUGUUGCUGUGCAUUUCCAUUGGGGCAGCAGAAAUUCAAAGGGUUCCGAACAUAUGAUAGACAAUCGACGCUUUGAUGUGGAGAUGCAUAUCGUUCAUAAAAAUGUCAUUUAUGCGACAGUGGCAGAGGCCUCUAAACAUGUGGAUGGUUUGACGGUGUUGGCUGUUAUGUUCAAAGCGACGAGGGAUGUUGAUCGCAUUUAUCCCGGCUUGAAUAUGUUAUUCAAUAGAUUACCCAAUUUGGUGUACAUGAAUUCCCAUUCCACCCUAUCCGAAGAUCACCUCACAUUGGGCCACUUUCUGGGUGAUUUGAACACGAAGACAUUUUUCACCUAUACUGGUUCAUUGACAACACCCGAUUGUGCUGAAGCUGUAACAUGGCACGUGUUCCCCGAACCUUUACCAAUUGCCUAUGAACAUAUUGAGAAAUUUUGGCAAAUUCGUGAUGCCCAUGGCCACAAAAUGAACAACAAUUUCCGACCAUUACAAGAAAAUAAUGGUCGAGUGAUACUCUAUCGUAGCGGAAGUUAUUAA